GAUCAUCUGGGAGGUCCGACGGGAGAUGAAUAUCUAGACAACGAAACAAUAUCCCAUCGUCAAGUAGAAGAAAUCCUCACCCAUAUCAUCAGAUAACCGCAAGGAAACUCGAAAGAAAUAAAUCAUCACGAUGAUCGGCGCUCUCAUUUUUAUCUUCUGGCGGAUCGUAGAGAUCGUCUUCUUGAUCCCCAUCAUUGGCAUGAUGGCAUACUUUGUCAAUGGCUUUCUCAACAAUAACCAAUUAACGCCAGCCUACAUCCUCGUCCUCUUCAUCGUCAGCGUCGUCGCCGUGUUCUGGGCUCUCGACACCACCAUCCGGUACAGAACCACGCGGCGCUCCGCGAUCUUCGUGGCCUUUAUGGACCUCUGCUUCUUCGGCGCCUUUAUCGCCGGCGUGUAUGAGCUCCGCUUCAUCGCCAACGAGAACUGCUCACACUGGGACGGCGGUUCCGUCAUCGUCUCCCUCGGCCCGUUCGGGUACUGGGGCAUUGAGACACACAAGCCGACGGUCGAUCUGAACAAGACCUGCGCCAUGCUCAAGACCUGCUUCGCGUUCGGAAUCAUGGAGGUCAUUUUCUUCUUCUGGACCGCUCUAGUUGCGUUGUUUAUCCAUCGUCAUCACCGUGAAGAGGAGGUCGUUGUCAAGGAGACCGUCCGCCGGAGAAGUCAUAGCAGUCGUAGGGGCCAUUCGUCGCAUUCGCAGCAUCGCAGCUCGAGUGGAAGGAGACAGCCCUACGUGGUUUGAUUUCAUCCUUCUUUCUGUGGAUGAAUGCGUGGCUGGUCUGGUCUCAACGACCCAGCCUCCAACCUGUACUAACCAAAGUGCAGAACCAGCUGAGAUACGCCAGGAACGAAUUUCAUUACGAUGUGACACGACACAUAGUUAACUGCCUUUUUACCCACACAAGUUCAGGAAAUAGAUCUCAUACCGACGCCAAUCUUGGAAGAAAGAAGUACAAAAAAGGAAGAAAA